GUUGUUUUAAAAAUGAAGCGAGAAAUUUUACUAAUGGUCCUAAUUUCGUACGCCGUGGCUCAGCUUAUGCUCAGACCAAUCAAAGUAAUUAACGUGGAAAGCCUAGUAGACCUGCAGGCCAGACUAAAGGAUGCCGGCGAGAAGCUGGUGGUGAUCGGGUUCCUGCCGAGAGCUUGUCCGCACAGCGUGAGGAUCACCCCGAAGUUCGAGAAACUCGCGCUGCUGUAUGCUCCCUUCGUCGUCUUUUUGAGGGUGUAUGAAGACCACGAUGACAUCUUCAUCGCGUACAACGUGACGGCAGUGCCAUCAUUCAUCUUCGUUAGGAAGUCCGCGCCACGGAGUAGGCGCACGGGCAACAUAGAUGAUAUUGUGGUCAUGGGUCCGUCUUAG